AUGGCUCCCGUGCCCACCGACACUCAGUGGUCGGUUGAAUUCGACACCCUGAGGCGGGAGAAUCUCUUCAAGAACCCACCCAAGGAUCAGACGGCCUAUCCGACCCUGGCGGAGUCGAUUAAGCCGCAUAUCGACUCGUUCAACCAGCUCUUCGGGGGCAGCAAGAUUCUGGAGGAGGGCCUGAAGGAUAUCGGCAUCAAGUCAUUCCUUGACGGAGAGAAUGAGACACCCGAGCAGAAGAAGACCCGGAUCGCCGAGGGUCGCCGCGCGCCUAAGCGCAACCGCCUGAACGUGCGCGUCACGGAGGUCUUCCUCGACAAGCCUACCCUUCCGCCGACCAACAAGUUCAGCCACAAGAACCGCAGCAUCUAUCCUUCUGAGUGCCGUGAGCGACAUUCCACCUACCGUGGCAAGCUCCGCGCCCGCCUCGAGUACCAGAUCAACAAUGGCGACUGGAUGGAGUCUGUGCGUGAGCUGGGCCAGGUUCCCAUCAUGAUGCGCACCAACCGCUGCCACCUCGAGAAAGCGACGCCGGAGGAUCUCGUCACACACAAGGAGGAAUCGGAGGAGCUGGGUGGUUACUUCAUUGUCAACGGUAACGAGAAACUGGUCCGCAUGUUGAUUGUUGGCAAGCGUAACUACCCCAUGUCGAUCAUUCGUGGUUCAUUCGUCAAGCGUGGUCACACCUACACCAAGUUCGGUGUGCAAAUACGAUCCGUUCGGCCGGACCAGACUUCGCAAACCAAUGUGCUGCACUACCUCUCUGAUGGCAAUGUCACCUUCCGUUUCUCGUGGCGCAAGAACGAGUUCCUCGUUCCCGUGAUGAUGAUUCUCAAGGCUCUCGUGGAGACCAAUGAUCGCGAGAUCUUCGAGACUCUCGUUGGUAGUGUUACCUCGAAGGGCAUGAAGAACACUUUCGUCACAGACCGUGUGGAGCUUUUGCUCCGAACCUACCAGGCUUACAACAAACACAGUCGCUACGACUGCCGGGCCCAUCUCGGCAAGUGCUUCCGCCCCGUGCUUGGUGUGCCUGCCGACAUGUCCGAUGAGGAUGUUGGUACUGAGUUCUUGCGCAAGGUUGUCCUGCCUCACCUGGGCAACCAAAAUGUGACCGAGACCCAGGACUACGACAAGUUCAAGAUGAUCAUCUUCAUGAUCCGCAAACUGUACGCCCUGGUUGCCGGCGACUGCGCCCCUGACAAUCCCGAUGCCGUCUCCAACCAGGAAAUUCUGCUCGGUGGUUUCUUGUACGGCAUGAUCCUCAAGGAGCGUAUCGAGGAGUGGCUGCGAUCAUUUGGUCCUAUCGCUCGCGACUGGUCCAUUCGGAAUGGCGGCGCCACCUUCUCCGACCCUUCCUUUGAGCGAGAUUUCUUGUCUAAGAUCGUCAAGCGGUCUAAUGAGAACAUUGGUAAUGCGCUCGAGUACUUCCUCUCAACCGGUAACCUCGUCAGUCCCACUGGUCUUGACUUGCAACAAACUUCCGGUUACACUGUCAUUGCCGAGAAGAUCAAUUUCUACCGUUUCAUCAGUCACUUCCGCAUGAUUCACCGUGGUAGUUUCUUUGCGCAAUUAAAGACCACAACUGUGCGUAAGCUGCUGCCUGAGAGUUGGGGUUUCCUGUGCCCGGUCCACACUCCUGAUGGUUCGCCCUGUGGUCUGCUGAAUCACUUGGCUCACAAGUGUCUGAUUGCCACGGAUAACCUGGAGGUUUCUCACCUCCCCAAGAUCCUUGUUCAGCUAGGUGUUCGUGCCGAGUCCUCCGUGGCUACCGAUGACAGCGUUGUCGUUCAACUAGACGGCCGUAUCAUCGGCUUCUGCUCGCCCAAGCAGGCUCAACAGAUUCAUGACACCCUCCGGUACUGGAAGGUCUCUGGCACAAACGACAUCCCCCGAGGUCUGGAGAUCGGUUACGUUCCCAAUACCAACGGCGGUCAGUACCCCGGUAUCUAUAUGUUCUCGCAGUCAUCAAGAAUGUACCGUCCCGUCAAGUACUUGGCCAAUGACGGACUGGACUUUGUGGGUCCGUUCGAGCAGCCGUUCAUGGAGAUUGCCUGUCUCCAGUCCGACCUGAUCGCCGGUCUAUCCACUCACAUCGAAUAUACGCCGACCAACAUCCUCUCCAUCGUGGCCAACAUGACCCCAUUCUCCGACUAUAACCAGUCGCCCCGUAACAUGUACCAGUGCCAGAUGAGCAAGCAGACCAUGGGAACACCCGGCACAUCCAUCGCCUACCGUACAGAUAACAAGUUGUACCGCCUGCAGACCGGUCAGACCCCAGUGGUUCGGCCACCGCUGUACAACGCCUACGGCUUAGACAACUUCCCCAACGGCAUGAACGCCAUCGUGGCCAUUAUCUCCUACACCGGUUACGACAUGGACGACGCCAUGAUCAUCAACAAGUCUUCGCACGAGCGCGGCUUCGGUCACGGUACCAUCUACAAGACCAAGGUGCACACCUUGUCCGAGCGCGACUCGCGCCGCAGCAAGUCCAAGCGCGAAGUCACCAAGCUGUUCGGCUUUGCGCCCGGCGACGAGGUUCGCGCCGAAGCGAAGGCCUUCAUCGACAGUGACGGCCUGCCGCACGUUGGCGUGCGCGUCAAAGAGGGCGAUAAGAUCGCCGCUUACCACAACGUGCGCUACGACGCGGCCUCCGACUCGUACGUCAAUGUUGACGGCGUUACGCACUUCCUGAAGUACAAGGAUGCCGAGGCCGGCUACAUCGAGAGCCUUCGCAUCAUGGGCUCGGAGAACGGCAACGAGCCCGCCCAGUCGAUCAGCGUCAAGUACCGCAUCCCGCGUAAGCCGAUCAUCGGUGACAAGUUUUCUUCCCGUCACGGUCAGAAGGGUGUUUGCUCGCAGCUCUGGCCCGCGGUCGACAUGCCAUUCUCGGAGAGCGGCAUGCAGCCCGAUCUGAUUAUCAACCCUCACGCUUUCCCAUCCCGUAUGUGCAACAAGAUUAACACCCCCCUCCUCUCCAUUUCUCCUUACUUACGUCGUAACAACCUGGCUAACUCAAUCCACCCAGGUAUGACAAUUGCCCAAAUGAUCGAAUCCAUGGCCGGUAAAGCUGGUGCGCUUCACGGCCACCCGCAAGAUUGCACGCCGUUCCAGUUCUCCGAAGAAAACACCGCGACCGACUACUUCGGCCACCAGCUGCGCAAGGCCGGCUACAACUACUACGGCAACGAGCCCCUAUAUAGUGGCAUCACGGGCCGCGAGUUCGCCGCCGACAUUUACAUGGGCGUCGUGUACUACCAACGUCUGCGUCACAUGGUGAACGACAAGUUCCAAGUGCGCACGACGGGUCCCGUCAAUGCCUUGACCGGCCAGCCCGUCAAGGGUCGUGCUAAGGGUGGUGGUAUCCGUGUCGGAGAGAUGGAGCGUGACUCGCUGAUUGCCCACGGUGCGGCCUUCCUCCUACAGGACCGCCUGAUGAACUGCUCCGAUGCCCAGCACGCCUGGAUCUGCCGCGACUGCGGUUCCUUCUUGUCCACCCAGGUCGCUGUCUCCGGGUCCGGCGCGUCCCGCCGUGCUGCGGUCAACCCUGGUGCGGCUGCUGCUGCCGCCAAGGCUGCGCCGAACCAGAAGCAUGGUUCUGGGGCUACGACCGUUGGCGCGCUCGGUGGUAAUGCUGGCAUUGUUCGCUGCCGUCGGUGCGCCCGCUCGGCGACCUUUAGCGACUCCCGUGCUGAGGCGUGGGAGGACGGCGAUGGGCUGCGGUUUGUCGGCGGUGACAACGUUACUGUUGUUGCUGUGCCAGGUGUGCUGCGGUUCCUGGAUGUUGAGUUGGCGGCUAUGGGUAUCCGGAUGAAGUUCUGGGUUGACAACUAG